ACUGAAGUCCGUAACUGUCAUAUUCGAAUUCACGUGACGUUGCGCAAGUGUGUGAAGCGCAUUUCCUCAACGCGAAUUCAUUCUUCUGACAAUUUGCUUUUACAGUAACUACAGCAUUCGUUGGUUAUUUUAAGCAUACACGAUACGUGUUGUAAUUAUGACUGAAUUCACGACCUUCACUGAGGGAGAGUUCUACGAGGGGCACUUUGACUCGAGAGCUUACGUGAAGAAUUUUUAUUCCCGCCCUAGCGGUCACGCUGACGAGAAGGAUUUCCUUACUUUCGUUCUGAGAUGCCUUAGCAAACUUUUCUCCGCGGGAGAACAUAGAGGCAAGCGGCUGAUCGAUGUGGGCAGUGGACCGAGCAUCCACAGCGUCUUGAGCGCGUGCGGACACUACGACGAGAUUGUGCUGUCGGAUUUCGCGCAAAACAAUCGCAGAGAAAUCGAAAAAUGGCUGAACAAUCAAGAAGGGAGUUUAGAUUGGAAACCGGUGUUGCAGUACGUUUGUGAACUGGAGGGGAAAAGUCCGUCUGAUUUGGAGGCUACACUGAAGCAACGAGUCAAGGAAGUUUUGAAAUGCGAUGUCCGGUUGGAGAAUCCAUUUUAUCCGCACACACUGGAAGCGGCUGACUGUGUCAUCACAUCUCUGUGUCUGGAAGCAGCGUGUAAAGACAUUCAAACAUACUGUCGCGCUUUACGUGGCGUGACUAAACUUCUGCAUCCUGGUGGACUUUUGGUCAUAAUAGGUGUUCUGGGCGAGAGCUUCUACAAGGUGGAUGAACAGCUAUUUUCUUGUCUUAGACUGAGUCAGAAUGAUAUUGAGGAAGCGCUCGCAGGUUUAGGCUUUUCAAUCCAGGAGUUUAAUAUACUGCCUGCUGAAAACAGAGAGAACUCUGUGUCUGACUUUGAGGCGGUUUUUCAUCUCGUGGCUAGAAAACCCUCCGAGUGAAAUCACAAAUAAAGGGAUUUAUAUAAUAUAUAACACAGCGAAACAGUUGCAUUUAAAGCUAGAAUACACCAAAAUAAAUCCCUUAUUGCCCAGGAUUUUUCGGCAUUUUAUUAAAAUGUGCCAUUUUAGGUGAGCAUGGAACGCAUAUAUCUUGAAACUUUUAAAUGUGUUUUAUAAUGUAAGGAUUUGAAAAAAAAAAUAAGAUGUAUAAUAAUAAAAAUUUUGAAGUGAUAAACAUUA